AUGUUCGUGCAUACAGUGGGAGCCCUCCUAGAUACAAUUGAAGCUGUGAUAGUGUGGAUCAUCAUGGAGCUCGAGCUUUUGCUGCCGCUACCAUCAUUCCUCCACAGCCAUUCCUACCUGCCCACAUCUGGAUCGCAGCGCCUCUUCAUCAUGAGACUCACCAAGUCGCAAAGCAUCCUCCUUCCCGACAUCUACCUCCCACCGGUGCUCAAAGAAGUCUCGCUGCACUACAGACAAGCGCUCAAGAACCCUAUCGUCAUCCAAACGUUCCUUGCAACCAAGAAUGCGGUUGACACAUCUGUUCGUUUGCGACUCUCGCAUUCGAUCGUGAUGCUCAUCAUCUACGGCAACGUCAACAGCCUUCAGAAGCUCAGAACCGCCGCCAAAGGUGUCGCCAAAGCCGUGAUGCAGCACGCCUUCCACAACGGCAUGGUAGCAGCCACCUACACCGCCAUCGUCAUGACGCUCGGCUCGAUCCGAAAGCGCAACGAUGGUCGCAUUGCGGGGAUCAAGAGCAACUCGUUCGCAGAAUCAUUGCUGGCGGGGUCGAUCGCCGGAGCAGCCGCCUUCUCGCUCGAUCAGUCUGCCGUCGCACUUCAGGUCUUCGCUUUCGUACUCGGUCGAAGCGUGCAGAGUCUCUUGCCGGGUGUCACAGCUCCCGUCAUUCAGCCGGACGCCGCUGUGUUGACCAGCUCCGUCACAACACCCGUCGCUGUCAAGCCACCGAAGAAGAUGCUGUACAGAGCACCGACAUCGCAAGCAAUCACAAUCGCGGGUGCAGUCGCGUAUGCUUUUACUUUGACGAUGCAUUCCCAUGGUCACGAUCGACUCAACUCGGGUCUCUCGAGAAGUAUCAGUCCCAUCUACGGCAAGUUUGGCGCUGCGCUCGCAGCCGUCGCCUAG